GGGGGGGGGACGAAAUCUGUGACUGUUCUUCAGGCAUUCAAAAAUGUCAUGAGGUGUUGUCUGGCCAAGAAUAUAACAAUGGUAGCAGAACAUACCGGGCAAAAACAAUUAAAUGGCAGGCUGGGAGUCCAGGAAUGUGAGCAACUUAACCUAUUGGCAAUUGAAUUCAGUGAUGUUCCAAACUCAGAAAUUUGUGAGCUGGAGACCAGACCCGGAGGCGAUAGCCACCGACGCCUUUCUUCAGGAUUGGAACUCACUUAAAGCCUAUGAACUCCCUCCAUUCUCGAUAAUAGGGAGGUGCCUGUCGAAAAUUCAGAAAGAAGGGGGGACAUUGGUAAUUGUAGCUCCAGUGUGGCAAGGACAACCGUGGUACCCUCUCCUUUUGAGACUACUGAUAGAGAUCCCAGUCCUGUUACCAAUAUCACUCGACCUUCUACAAUCACCUACGUCGAGAUUAGCGCAUCCACUCCUCGUGAAAACACAUUGCAGCUAGUGGUGUGGAGGGUUUCAAGCGAGGUGUCCUUGAGAAAUGCAUUUCAGAGUAAGUUGCCUCGCUGCUCACAGCUGCUUGGAAACCAGGUACAAAAUAAUUCUUACAACAGCACCUGGAGUAGGUCGUCUGCUGGUGUGCUGAACGAUCGCUUUGUCCAUUUCAGACCAAUAUGGUCAAUAUAAUUGAAUUUUUAUCCCAGUUAUAUCAGAAGGGCAAAGAGUAUCGGACUGUAAAUCGGUAUAGUUCAGCACUGUCAGCAAUUCAUCCCAAUGUAAAUGGGUGUAAAUUACGUCUGCCCCCACUGGUGGUAACAUUUAUGAAAAGGCUAUGUAACACACGCUUCUCACAACCACGAUACAUACAGACAUGGGAUGUUGACACUGUCCUGAUGUACAUAAAAGGGCUAGGACCUAACGUGGCACUGUCUUGCAAAAACCUAUCAGAGACGUUAACAAUCCUUUUGGCUCUAACAGCUGUCGCUAGAUCUUUGAGUUGAAUGCAAUAGACGUCAGGUAUAUAACUGACAUGGGGGACAGAAUAGUCUGCAGAUCCCAAAACCAACAAAAACAUCUAAACCAGGUGGGGAAGCACAAAAACUUGUCCUUGAUUCCUUUGAACCGGAUGAAACGCUUUGUGCAGUAAAGUGCAUUAAAUUUUAUGUUAAAUAUACAAAAUCUUGGAGACAGACUGGGGAUAACAUUCCCAAUAACAAACUUUCUCUCAGUAAGGUCAAACCACACAAUGAAAUUGUCUCCAGCACGACAUCAGAUUGGCAGAAAAGCUUAAUGGGUAAAGCAGGUAUAGAUACAAACGUCUCUGCUGCUACAUGUAGCCUACUUCUAAAGCUCUAGCUCAAGGGGCCUCGGUCAGAGACAUCAUGCAGUUAUCAAAUUGGUCAAAAACAUCAAACCUCCGCAGGUUUUAAUAGCGUGGCACAGAUGGGCACUGUUGUUCAGAGUAAAAUAUUACAGCAGACACAAAAUUGCUCACCACACCGCUAUUACAUCUUAGGAGAAAUUCUGAUUUCAUGAACAGAACCGAGCAAGAUGCAAUAGUCCCUCCCACCCUAAAACCCACUGAUAUGCAGAACACAAUUUUGGGUAGGUUGCUUUAUACAUGUACGUGUAUUAGGUUCAGAAUGCCAUACACUAGAGGUUAUGUUUGUUUUUUCUUGCAUACAGUGAUCCCUUAAUUAUGCUCACCUGUGGGAAGGACGAACUGAAACUCAUUUAUGUGGAGUUAACCGUUUUAUUUGACAAACAAAACCAAAAAAUUAUGUAUUUCAUUGGGUUCAAUACAUGGUAUUUAAUCGAUACAUCUUGUUUGUUUUAUUUGGAGCAUAUUUCUCUUCACCAGCUGAUGGCACGAAGCCAUUUUGGAGAAGGAAAUUAUGGGAAAUUUUCAUUUCCGGUUUACUUGAAAAUAGGCAUUGAUAGUAUUAUUUGCAGAAUAUCACUUUUACCUGAAUGGCUUAAUUCCCUAAUAAUAAGACAAAAUCAUUCUCACAUAUUGUGAAUGAACACUUAAAACGGAGCGUGUGUGGUGUCUAUUGUGGAAAAUCAAGGCGCCUCACACAUGCCAUUCUCCACACUUCGGAGCUUGCCGUUAAAUACCGAAUGCGGGAGAAUGCGUGACGUCAUGGUGUUUUGACAAGUAAGAGAAACCGGCAAGUGUGAUGCGACUUUCCUCUCCAAAUAUCAAAUGAACAGCACUGUCCUGGUUCGUGUCGAGACCCCAGGAUUACAUGUGGGUUAUUUGUGAAUACAGCUAGCCGUUUUUUCUUAUUGACAAAGACAGAGACAAAGCCAACAAACUUCUCGAAGUGUUAACCAGGAAUGGCGUUCGAUGGGUUGGAUACAACAACAACAGCCGGGUAAAACGACGGGUAGCAAUUAAUGUGGAAUAUGAGGAAAUAGUUGACUUGUUUGAAAAUCCUCAUGAUGUCAGUGAUGGAUGUCUAACUUUUAAUCCAGUGAAGUGUGAAUUGGAGAAAUAAACUACAGAGAGGAUUUAGUUGGAAGAUAUUUUUUCUGUGUAUCGCUGAAGUUUUACAGACCUAUGGAGACAACAGGAGAACACGAGAAGGAAAAUCUCCAUGAAGCAUUACUGCCUGAGAUAAGUGGAGCAGAGACUGAGCUAAGUGGAGCAGAGGCUUUACCUUCGCAUGCGUUACAUACAGCAUCAGGGGCCAGUGCUUCCAAUUCACUGUUCAGUGAUGGGAAAGACACCGAAGCUCCACCAGACCAAAUUGCUAUCGACUCACACUCUUCUAUGGAGAAUAAAAUGAUGUGCCAACCUUUGAUCAGCAGUUUUACACGUGCUUCUCAAAUCAAUAUUGAAAUGGAUACAAUUGUUACAGUAGAAGUAAACCAACAAAACAGACCAGAAAGAGAUUCUAGAAGUCUAUCCACAAGUGUACUCAGCACCACAAGUGACGGUGCAAUCUGUCGUAUCUGUCACGAUGGGGAAGAGAAUGAAGACCUGCUGUCACCAUGUCAUUGCACCGGCACCGUGGGGCUGCUACACCUGAGCUGCCUGGAGAAGUGGCUGGGAUCCUCUAGCAGGACACGCUGUGAGCUGUGUGGCUUUGAGUACACAGUGGACACCCAGCCUAAACCGUUUAUUGAAUGGGUACGCCAUCCGUCCUCUGUUAGUGACCGUCGAAAUGUGAUCUGUGAUAUGUGUUGCUUCUUCCUGCUCACACCACUGGCUACCAUCAGCUCCUGGCUCUGUCUGGUCGGGGCCAAGUAUUAUUCCUACUGGACAGGUCGCUGGGAAGUGCCUGGGCUGAUCUCACUCACAAUCUUCCUUAUCUUCAUCUACCUCACCUGGUGUCUGGUGGUGGUCAGAUAUCACUAUCGUAUCUGGCUGGAGUGGAAGCGUCACAACCAGAUUGUGCGGAUCCGUGCUGUCAGACGAGGGAAUGUAGUUAGGCGGAAUCUGACUUCAUCCACAGGGAGUCAACUCCUCAAUUGUGACAGCAGCCUGAGGAGCAGGACCAGCCCUGUCAGGGAGCCUCAGGCUGAAGACAACAAUAACAAUGCCUCUAUAUUGCUGGUGGACGAGGAGGAGGAAGAAGAUGUCAUUGUCGAGGUUACUGGAGGUGCUGGGCAGAGAGGAUCCUACCGUCUCCUGUCUGACUCCAGUAACCUUGUCUGCAGCCCGAACAAACUGCCCCGACACCGACACAGCUCCUCAUCCAGUCAAAGGUCUAAGUUACACUCCACCAGCUUCAGCCCAAGCCGACCCAACCCCCGGAAUUCCAGUACGUCGUCAGCAGAAGGGGAGAUAACUGCGCCCCUCCUGGGAGCUACCUCGGGUAGAGAGCCCUCCUGGGGCAGACAGUGUGUCAGUCGCUCUCUAAUGCUUGACCCAGGGUUCUCAGAGCCACAGUCAAUGUCUGUUCACUCCACCGUUGUCACCUACCAGCACAUUACCGAUGAUGUUUUCACAACUCUGACAGACCCAGACAGGUUCACAAGAAAGACAGGCAGAGUCAAAGAGAGUUUUGUGUAACUUUCUCAUGAGCAUGUUUUAAAACCAUGCAUAAAAUUGCAGUUAAAAAAUUCAUACAUGCCCAUCCAGACUUGUCCCUGAUAUGUAUAUACAAGUGGUUGGAUUUUGAAACUGCACCAGGUCACAUGGCUUGCUUAUUGUAACCAAGUUUUUAAACAUGACAGCAUGUCCUGAACAACAGUGAUAUUUCUUGUUCUAAUUUGCACACUUUCUUAUUUGCAUUUCUAUCUUUUCUUUUUUUUUCUGUUUUAUUUUUCUUUAGUUUUGGUUGAGUUUGUUGAAUGUACAUGUAUAUAUAUAUAUGUGUUGGUUUGAAACUAAGAGAUUGAGUUGCAUGGUGAAAAAAAAAAUCAACAAUAUUGCCAUACAUAUUUUGAUUUCAAUAAUUUUGUGUACAGAAUAGAGGAUGAUUUGUUUUUUUUUUCUUCUUUCUAUUGCAUUUGUUAAAAACAGAAAAUUUAUCAAAAAAUAAGAAAAACUUGUGAUGCAAAUUUGUGAAUUUCAUGUUUAGGUUUUCGUCUGCUAAUUUUAAUACAAAAUGAAACAAAGUUUAAGACUUUAAGCUGAAAGAGGAAUGCCAAAUAUACCAUUCAAAAUCAUAUACACCUCUAACACAGGUAAUGAAUACUAGUCAACUUGUUUUUAUAUAUUUAUAUGUCCUUAGUCCGUUAUUUACUAAAUUUCUUCUAUUUUUUAAAUCUUGGAGCUCAUAUUAAACAAAGUUUACAUUAAAUAUGCUUUAAAGAGCUUUACCUGUGCCUUAUGCUUUUGGUGCAUGGUUGGGAAGUUGUAUUUAUAAUAAUUAUCAUAUAAUUUUCGUCUGUGAUGCAAAAUAUUUUGAAUCUGUGAUAAAAAAUUUCUGAAUUUCAAAGUAAAGCUUGUUUUAUCCUAAAAACGUGA